AUGAGAAAUGGAAUAGAAGGUAAAAUAUCAUUACAAAAUGUAUGCAUGAAAAAAAGAAGUCAGUCAAAUCGAAAGGAGCGGCGACGAAAUGAGGAAAUGAAUCUCGCAUAUGCUCGAUUGCAGCGCUGUGUACCGCAUAUUCCGCAUGAUCAAAAAUUAGCUAAGAUUAAAACUUUACGACUUGCUACUCUCUACAUUAAGCAUUUAGAAGCAGUAAUUGAUGGAUCUGUUCAGGUUCGUUCUUCAUCAUCACAGGAAUUACGACCACUUGAAGUGGAAGAUUUUGCAUCAAUUGCAAUGGCUGAAAUACAAGCGAGAAAUAAUUACAAAGAUCUAGCAGAGAAGGAAUUACGACGUGGCAUUCGAACUGAAGAUAUAUGUCGACAAACCGUACCGGAACGUUAUUCAUUGCCGAAAACACCACCUGAAAAUCAUUUCUUAUCACUCAUACCACCGUAUCCGAAAUCUCCGACAGUAAUUCAUAAUAACAGUAACAAUAAUAAUGAUAAUAAUGAUAAUAAUGCAACUUCUCCUGCAUUAAUUCAUAAUAAUCAAUCUCAAAUUUCAUCCUUUCCUGGGCAAUAUAUCAUUGAUAAUCUGUGUUAUCUUCCUCUCUCUAAUUAA